GGCACGUGCAUGACGAGGUAUUUAGAAGAAGCUGAAGAAUGGAGCAACUGUUCGGCUCGCCUGGUUCACCGCUUUCGCCGCCAGUUAACUCGGCAUCUCCUGAGGUAACCGAGAAGGAUUUGCGUGUCGACGAGAAAGGAACGCUCCAAAUAGUGGUCUCAAAUCGCGGGCACUCAGCGGCAGAAAAGCGAAAACUGACUCCAGCAGAAGCCGUCUUAGCCGGAGAGAUUUUGUUUCCGGAUGAAGAGGAGCCAUGGUACGAACGCAGCAUCAGUUUGCCUCGACAUUUCGAAGGACCAUCGGGGCAGCCGACAUAUGUCGAAGUUGAAGACCUAUCCGCUCCUGUGUUCACGUACCUGGUGUACGGCCUCUUCAGCGGCUUCCUCGUCGUGCUCAUCCUUAUCGCCAUCGUGGCGUACAUCAUCUCGUUCGCGGCACGUAAUCUUGGACCACCAAAGAGUCCGUCGUCCCAGCCUCUUGUGCUGUGCUACUACGAUCCAACCAUGAGCGCCGCUUUCACCUUUACGAGGUCUGAGCUCUGCAUCGAGUGCUGCUCGUAUUUCAUCUAUGAUGGUCUCGAAGUAGACGGCCAGGGGAACAUCAAGGAAAGAACCGGCACCGGACCUGCGUCAGCGUUGACCAUCAGCGACUGGCUGCAGCUGAAGACAGCGGGGAAGAUGAAGAUGCUAUGCGGCCUACGCGUCGAGCUGGCGCCCGCAUUCAAGGACGCGUUGGACCCUCGUGUAAAGACGAUAGUGGAUACUUUACGCUCCACCUACGCCGGUUUUGACGGCGCCGCGUUCUUGUGGAUGGCUCCCGAAACGAGCCAGGAAAUAAUAUUAUACCAGGCAUUGCGCAGCUCACUCGGUCGGCCCAAAUACAAGAUCAUUGCCCACAUUGCGAGACUUCUCAUCGAUGCCUACAAUUUCACCGAUAUGAUAAAGUAUGUGGACUCCAUUGUGAUAAAUACGCACGACUUUGCUGUCCAUGGAAAGGCCUAUCCACCUUGCAUGUACCAAUCCGGAAGCAUCAUAGAUGUUGUGGACAAAAACUUGGUGGAUGUACUUAACCGCAUCCUAACGUUGGCUCCAUUCCUGAGUACAAGGCUGGUGCCAACCGUGUCGACUAUCGGCAAAAAGUACGUCUUCGAAGACGCGAACAACGUGAAUGUCGGUGACCGCGUCGACCUGUCAAAACCUCCGGUGGACUCUCCUCUCUUCAAGUUUUGUCAAGAUAGAACUGCAUGGACCACGAAGAUGGACAACAAAACAAAAUGCGACACAGCCUUCAACAACAUGAAAGAAUGGAUCGGUUUCGAAAGCCCGACGUCCGUCGCGAUCAAGACCGAGCUGGUGAAGAAAAAGAAACUUGCGGGCAUCGCUGUUCUCAACAUAGAGCAGGACGGCCGGGAAGCCUGCACCGGCGACAAGAAGCCGUACCUGCUAGGUGCGGUGCACCGGGGCCUCCGUGUGCCUUGAAGGAGUAAACGAACGUUGACCGCCUCCCACGUGGAGUUAGUAGUCGAAGCACAUAUAUGAAACAAGCAGGAAACAGCAACACAACGUCUCGUCUUUGUUACAUUUUUCUCGAUCGCAUUUUCGGCGCCAUUUGUGCCAGUGUUACCCAAUGAAGGCUUGAAAAAUCAAACCGUACACUUACAUGUUGAAAUCCAAAGAAAAAAAAUCACCAAGAGAACACAUUGCAGUCGUUAUUAAAAGUCUCGUUUAGUACA